UUAUAAUGCUAGACAGCAUAGCUGCCUACGUACAACCCUUCAGCUAAUAACCAAUAGCAUGGUUAUUGGUAAUAUUGAAGAAGUGGCUAUGGCCAUUAAUACGUGGUGGUCUCUUUAUCACAUUCCUCUCCUUUGCUGGUGCCUGUGCUCCUUACUCAACCCAGCCACUUGCUUGCAAAAUGAAACUGAUCGACUUGCUUUGAUAUCCUUCAAAGACGCCAUACAGAAAGAUCCCUUUGGCGUUCUGGAUUCUUGGAACGAUUCAUUGCCCUUCUGUGAUUGGCAUGGCGUUUCAUGCGGUCGCCGCCAUCCUCACAGGGUUGUAACCUUGAUCUUGAAUUCUCAAGGCCUGGUAGGAUUUCUGUCGCCACAUAUAGGAAAUCUCUCAUUUCUCAGGCGCAUAGAUUUCCGAAAUAAUAGCUUUCAUGGCAAAAUCCCACAGCAGAUAGAUCGUCUGCACCGCCUACAAGAUAUUGACUUCAGCAACAAUUCAUUGCAAGGUAAUAUACCCACCAACUUAUCCCGCUGUUCAAACCUCUUGUAUCUUAAUUUCAUUGACAACAAGCUCGUGGGUAACAUACCUGCCGAGCUUGGCUCUUUACCAAAGCUUGAAGCUCUAGGCUUGGCCAAAAAUAAUCUCACAGGUAGUAUUCCAGCAUCCAUGGGGAAUCUCUCAUCUCUUUGGCAAAUCUCCUUCCGAAGAAAUGGUUUGCAAGGACAGAUUCCGGAGGAAAUCUCUCAACUUGGGAGCUUAAGAAUUUUGAUAUUUGGAGAAAAUAAUCUUAUUGGGGAGAUUCCUUAUGGCCUCUUCAACAUCUCCAACCUCGAAGAUGUUGAAGUGGAUACUAACCAACUCAAUGGCAUUAUCCCCUCUGACAUAGGCCUCAACCUUCCAAAGCUGAGCUCCCUUCAAAUUUCAGACAACAGGUUAAUCGGGCCUAUCCCAAUUUCAUUGUCAAAUGCCUCUGCGCUUCAACAAAUUGCUUUUGAAUAUAAUGAUUUCUCUGGGUCAAUUCCCAAAGUCUUUGGAAUGCUGCCUGAGCUUGAGAUUUUGAACUUUGCUUUAAAUCAGCUACAAGAUGACUUAAGUUUCAUUGAUUAUCUAACUAAUUGCUCCAAUUUAAUCACUCUUGGUUUACGAGGAAAUUUUCUCAGAGGGACCGUGCCCAUUUCCAUGGCCAAUCUCUCCAAAGACAUAGAUUUUCUUUCUGUGGCAGAUAAUCAGUUAUAUGGUGCCAUUCCCAUUGGUGUCGAAAAUCUUGUUAAUCUGAGAUUCUUCCUGUUUGGUGAUAAUUAUCUCACUGGCCCCUUAGAUAUUGAUUUUGGGAAAUUUCCACGGUUGGAAUUGCUGGAUUUGGGCAGCAACAAAUUCACAGGAAAAAUUCCAUCUUCAAUUGGUAAUUUAUCUUUUCUGACUCGUCUCUACUUGGGGUUCAACGAUCUACAUGGAAGCAUACCUCCAAGUCUUGGUAGUUGUCAUAACUUGAACGAGUUAGAGCUCUUACACAAAAAUCUCAGCGGUUCAAUACCCACACAGGUUAUGGGCCUAUCAUCCCUUUCAGUUACCCUCGAUUUAUCUGGUAAUGCACUUACUGGACCUGUUCCAUUAGAAGUUGGUUUGCUGACAAAUCUGCAACGGUUGGAUUUAUCCGACAAUAGAUUAUCUGGCACAAUACCAAACACUAUUGGCAAAUGUUUGAGUUUGCAAAGUCUAAAUCUACAUGGAAAUUCAUUUCAAGGAGAGACACUUCAGGAUUUUGGUGCCUUGCGAGGUUUACAAGAGCUGGACAUUUCACGCAACAAUUUUUCAGGGAGAAUCCCAGAUUCUUUCUCUCAGCUUACGGGAUUGAACCAUUUGAAUUUGUCUUUUAAUCAACUCCAAGGGGAGGUUCCAAAACGCGGAAUCUUUCUAAAUGCAAGUGCUGUUUCAUUGAUGGGAAACAAUGAUCUCUGUGGAGGUAUCGCUGAAAUGAAGCUUCCUUCUUGCUUCAUCACAAACUCCAAGAAGAACAACCUCUCCCUUACACUGAAAGUGACAAUCCCAGUGGUUGUCUCAGCCGUAUUUUCAUUUCUGUUGGUGUGUUCCCUAAUUUUCUGGCAUUGGAAAAGGAUUUCUAGAAAGAAGAAUAUUUCCAUGCCAUUAUGUGAGCACCAGUUUCUGAGAAUAUCCUAUGCAGAACUCUUCAAAGCUACAAAUGGAUUCUCUAUGGCAAAUAUAAUUGGUGUCGGAAGCUAUGGAUCUGUUUAUAAAGGACUUCUUGACCAAGUAGGUAUACAAGUGGCGGUCAAAGUGCUAAACCUGCAACGAAGAGGAGCUUCAAAUAGCUUCAUGUCUGAAUGCCAAGCUCUUAGAACCAUCAGGCAUCGAAAUCUUCUGAAGCUAUUGAGCGUCUGCUCUAGCAUUGACUUUGAAGGCAAUGAUUUCAAAGCUUUGAUAUAUGAAUUCAUGGUGAAUGGGAGCCUAGAGAAAUGGCUGCAUGGUCGCAAUGUAGGAGAAGAUGGACCAGAAGGAGAAUCAGGAAAUCUGAAACUAAUAGACAGACUAAACAUUGCCAUUGAUAUUGCAACUGCAAUAGAGUAUCUUCACAAUGGUAGCUCAUCAUCAAUUAUACAUGGUGAUCUAAAGCCAAGUAAUGUUCUUUUAGAUGAGGAGAUGACUGCCCAUAUCGGAGAUUUUGGCUUGGCUAAGAUUGUCGCCUCAGUUUCUGGUGAGAUUCAACAGUAUCAAAGCAGUUCUACAGCAAUCAAAGGAUCUAUUGGCUAUGUUGCUCCAGAGUAUGGUUUGGGCGAUCCAGUUUCUAAAGAAGGAGAUAUAUAUAGCUAUGCGAUUCUAUUACUGGAGAUGUUUACAGGAAAGAAGCCAAUCGAUGAAUAUUUUAAAGAUGAUCUAAAUAUUCAUACUUUUGUUGAAAGCAAUUUGCCUGAUAGAGUGAUGGAGAUUUUGGAUCCAAGAAUUGCAUUCGAAGAUGGAGGAGGGAGUUUGAAAGAUUGCAUCCUCUCUGUAAUGAGAAUUGGAGUUGCAUGUUCAAUGGAACAACCAGGAGAAAGAAUGAAAAUGAGAGAUGUAAUAAGUGAAUUGGUAAAGAUCAAGAGCUCUUAUGUCAAGGAAAGGCAAAAACAGGGGCGAAGAAAUGCCUUCUAGAUUGGAGGUCCAAGCACCUCUCGCAUUUAAUUUAGUAGCUUAAUUUUGCAAUUCCAAACGAUGAACUUAAACUCAAGUUGGCAUGUGUGUGCUGUACAACUUCUACUUUUGCUUAUUUUUCAGGAACAUGUUUCGUAUAAGUAAAUUCAAUAAAAUUUUAUGAUA